GCAUGUCGGGCCGGUUUUGAGUAUCGGGUGACCUGCGCCCGAGCACUGCCCGAAGUAUAAAAACUACCAACCCUGCAGGGACCUUAUCAAUCGACUUCAAUUCGGUAGACCACCAACAUGUACUCUAAAAUCGCAGUUUUCAGCGCCCUGGUGGCGAUUUGCUCCGCAGGCCUGAUCCUGGAGGAUGGCCAUAACCACGGGCACGGACACGCCGUCUCCUCCCAGAGCAUCAUCCGACACGACCAGCCAUCUCACCACGUAGAGAGCCAUGACAGCCACUACGCGACUCCCAUCCACACCAUCUACCAACAGUCUGCUCCUCUCAUCCACUCUUCCCCCGCUAUUAUUGGACAGAGCUCCCACCUAGAGCAUUCCUAUGAGCACAGCACUCCUUUGUUCCAUGCCGUCCAUGCAACCCCCGUGGUCCACGCUGCCCCUAUUGUCCACGCCGCCCCCGUCGUCCACCAAACAGCCCAGAUCCACCACGCCCCCAUCGUACAACAUGUCGCCGUAGGACACGACCACCAUGAACUCGUCGAAGAGCAUGUACGUCCGAGUUCUUAA